CUGCUGUUCUAACGGGUUGAGAACUAUCACCUUGCUACGGCAGUAUCACUCCCGACCUGUGUCUGAUCUCAGCGUCCCCCACCUCCCCCACAAAGAAGUGCCGCUGCUCCAGUGCAUCUACCCUGCUGCCGCUCUCCUCCAUCGACACACACAUCACCGGCCGCAUCGCCGCGCCCUUGACGCACAGCAGCACCGCCCCGACAGCCAGAAUGACGCAUACGGCCAGCAUGGCGUCGAGCAUGACGGCGUGGUCGUUGAAGGGCCCCUGCUCGUACUUCUUGCCCUUCGGCAGCAGCGUCAGUAUCAGGAUGAGCAGCCCGUUGAGCAAAAGGCCGGCGAGGAACACAUGCGGCAGCUUCUCGCUGAAGGAGAAGGCCAGGCAGCAGAGCAGGCUCAGAAACACCACAAACAGGAUGACGAAGAGGCCGGUGCCGACGCCCAGCACACGCGCUGAAGCUGCAGACGCCGCCAAGAGCAACAUCAUCUUGUGAAAUCCGAGACGUG